AUGUCAUCAUCUACAUCAAAACAAUAUUUGUUAUAUUUAUUAGGAUCACUUCUUUUAGUUCAUUCAGGAUAUUCAUCUUUUGAAUUCCAUAAAAUUACUAUUCAUCAUCAUGAUUUAAACAAAUUACCAUUAGAUAUAGUAAUAGAGUCAAUAGUCGGUAUCUUACUAUUAGUUAUUGGUGCAAUUGUAUCAAUUCAAAAUGAAUCAUACUUGUCUUUAGAUAAUAAAAUAGUCAAUAAUGAAUCAACAUAUUUGAAAUACAUUGAAAUGAAAGAUGCCGUACAAGUGGGUGAAAAAGUUGGUGUUACUGAUUAUGAAGAAUUCAACAGUAGACUUCCAUUUAUCGAUGUUGUUAAAAAGAGAAAAGAAUAUUCAGAAUGGCUUGAAAAAGAAUAG